CAUUUCCAGCUGUUUUUUAGCAUUAUCAUCAGAGACAGCUCUGACCGACACUCUUCCCGCUGCUCUCUUCCUGUCCGCAGGUACAUGGCCAUCCUCCACCCUCUGAAGCCUCGUAUGAAGCACCAGACGGCGUACUGCGUGAUCCUGACCGUCUGGAUCGUCCCCAUCUUCAUCUCCAUCCCCUCGGCCUACAUGGCCUCCGAGACCACGUACCCGCACGUCAAAGGUCACACCCACAAGACGUUCUGCGCUCAGAUCUGGCCCGUUGACCAGCAGGUUUUCUACCGCUCCUACUUCCUCCUCAUCUUCGCUCUGGAGUUCCUGGGCCCGGUGACCGUCAUGGCGGUCUGCUACGUCCAGAUCUCCAGGGAGCUGUGGUUUAAGGACGUCCCGGGUUUCCAGACGGAGCAGAUCCGGAAGAGGCUGCAGAGGCGUCGGAGGACGGUGGUGGUGCUGAUUCUGGUGCUGGCCGCCUACGUUUUAUGCUGGGCGCCGUACUACGGCUUCGCCCUGCUGCGAGACUUCUACCCCACCCUCAUUUCCAGGGACAAGAACUCGCUGGUGGUCUUCUACAUCAUCGAGUGCAUCGCCAUGAGCAACGGGGUGAUCAACACCUUCUGCUUCAUGAGUGUCCGAAAUCAUACCAAGCGCCUGAAGAAGGCGGGCAAGUUCCCGCUGAGGCUGGUGACGUUUGUGGCCGCCAAGUCGGUGGACGAAGGGGAGGCACGCACCUCGUCCCUCCGAGUGACGGAGGACGCAGACGGAGCUCGACUGAAGUAG